AUGGAUCAUAUUUCUUUCACAUCAAAUACGGAUGAUUCCAUUGACAAAAAUGGUUCUUCCAAUAAAGAUGUGUCACCCAGUAAUACAGCUGCUAACAUUUUUAAUACCUGUACAACUUCCAAGGAUAAACCCUCCAUAGAUCCCCAUGAUGAUCAAUCCGCCGGCAAAAAUAAAAAGAAAAAACGUUCCUUAUUAGAUGAUGACUUCUUUUCUUUGGCAGGAUCUUUUGAUAGCAAACGUAAAAAGAAACACAAGCAUAAACAUAAACAUGCCAAAGUUAAAGAUGAGGAAAAGGACGAUAUAUCGAAAGCAGAUGAGGUAAAGAAGCAUCUGUUCGAUGUCCAAGAAAUGUCCAGAACUAACACUAAUGAAGAUAUUUCAGGUGACUUGAUUGAUAUCAAUAGCAUGAAAGUUAACGGAUCAAAUGAUAAAGUGGAAGAGGAAGAGGAAGAGGAAGAGGAAGAGGAGAUUAUAGUAAAAUCAAUCACACCACCUCAGUUGGAUAAUGAGAAGAUCAAGAAUGAAAUUGCAACAAGAAUAAACUCACAGUAUGAUAAAGAAGAUACACCCGGUAUUAUUGAUUCAGAUGAAGAAAUCGAUGAAGAGUUGGACGAACUUUUGAAACUCAGAUCUAAUAAGUCAACGUCUGCGAUGGAGCAAUCGCCUGAAGUAUAUAAUUUUGAUCAAGAGCAUGAAAAAAAGAGAAAAUAUGUCAUCAGGAUAACAUCCAAAUUGCCUUCUCCAGACAACCAAAUUUUAGAGGUCGAUUUUGGAACGAAAGGAUUAAAAACUUUUGAAAAGAUUUUAAAAGCUGCCGUUGACUAUUUCAAGAAAUCAUUGGCAACUAAACUUUCUCCAGUAUACUUAUUUAGUUAUGAUCCUCUGCUGGUCAGUUUGGUCUGGGUCGAAGGUAAGACUUUGAUUCAGCCAUUUUUCACCCCAAGAACGCUACGAGUACCACCACCAGGUGACUUCAACCCAUUACUUGAAGACAUUGAGAAAGUAGCUCCGACAAUGAUUAGAUUCUUUUUGAUUCCUAAAGAAUACAGUCAAACAUUUAUGAGUAUUUACCCUGAGUUUCAAUCUUCCAAUCCAGUAGAGAUAGCACCAGAACCUGUUGAAGUGCCUGAUGAAAAUUCUUCCACUAGUGAAGACGAGGAGGAGGUUUUUCCAAGUAUAAAGCAGGAUAUUUCACCGGAAGGCAAUGCGGAAAAACCUAUUGAAGUGGAUGAAAAUGAUGGUCUAUUUGUAAUUGCCCUUAAAGGUAAGGACAAUAAGCGUGUUGAGGUGAAAGUGUCUCUGGAAACUAAAUUGAAAAACUUAGUUACAUUUUAUUUGAAACUGAAAGGAUUGAGUGAAGACACAGUUGAUAUUUCGCAUAUUAAACUUAUAUUCGACGAUGAAGAAUUGAACUUGGAUGAAACUGUUGGUGAUACUGAGUUGGAAGAAGACUUUGAGAUCCAGGUAAAACUUUAA